GCGGCCGCUGAUGGGAGGCGGCGCACCCGCGGGCGAACGACGGCGCCGCAGCCACCAUGGGGAACAAGCAGACCAUCUUCACCGAAGAGCAGCUGGACAACUACCAGGACUGCACCUUCUUCAAUAAGAAGGACAUUCUCAAGCUUCAUGCACGGUUCUACGAACUGGCCCCCAACCUUGUUCCGAUGGACUACAGGAAGAGCCCCAUUGUCCAUGUGCCUAUGAGCCUCAUCAUCCAGAUGCCAGAGCUCCGGGAGAAUCCCUUCAAGGAAAGGAUCGUGGAGGCUUUUUCUGAGGAUGGCGAAGGGAACCUCACCUUUAAUGACUUUGUGGACAUGUUUUCCGUGCUCUGCGAGUCAGCUCCCCGAGAGCUCAAGGCAAACUAUGCCUUCAAGAUCUAUGACUUCAACACUGACAACUUCAUCUGCAAGGAGGACCUGGAGCUGACACUGGCCCGGCUCACCAAGUCAGAGCUGGAUGAGGACGAGGUGGUGCUCGUGUGUGACAAAGUCAUAGAGGAAGCUGACCUAGAUGGCGAUGGCAAGCUGGGCUUUGCUGACUUUGAGGACAUGAUCGCCAAGGCCCCUGAUUUCCUCAGCACUUUCCACAUCCGGAUCUGAGGACACUGCCAAGGCUGUAGGACCUGGAAGCUCACCACCCAGCUCUGCUGCCUAUACAGGUGUGGCUGCAUGCUUCCCAGGAAAGGAAUGGCAGCCUCUGGGGUUUACACCCAUGAACAUUUCCUGUGGCCCUUUCAGCAAAAAAGAAAGAAAGAAAAAACCUUAACGAGAGAAGUGGGUUGUGAGGAGUAGGACCCUUCCCAGGGCUCCCAGUGGUCCAGCCCCAGGACACAUAGCCCCUUAGCAGAUCCUUCCAUCCACCCCUCUCUCCCCAUCAGAAAUGUCCCUCCUGGGAGGAGACGGAAGAAAACCCAACAGGAAGUGGUGGGGUCUGACUUGACCAUGUGCUGGGUUGAUACCCCAGUCACCCAGAGCAAAUACAAAAAAAGAGAGAGAGAGAGAGAGAGAGAGAGAGAGAGGUCAGGCUUUUAAUGAGCUAUAUAAUCUUCUUCCAAAAUCCAAGGCUGAGCUGUGCCCCACUCUGGCCUGUUCCUCUUCCCACCACUCCCCAAUGUGAAGCUGUGUGAGCGGUGGGUCCAAAGGGCUCUGUCCCUGUCUGUCCCUGAGUUUGAGCACCACCCUAUCCAACCUCCCCAAUGAUGUGGAAUCCUCACUGGUGUGUGCUAUCCACAGAUUUGUGAACUCCUGGUAGUAAAACACUCUGUGUCCCACA